CCCAUAACUAGCUCUUCUCGGCUGCAUACAUCAACCUCCAUCUUCCACCCUCCAUCCUCUGCCAUUGCUAUUCUCUUGUCAUGAUAGCUGCGUGAUCAUAAUCGCUGGCGUUAUUUGGUUUUUUAUGUUCUUGUUUUUAAUGAUUAACGAAGUCCUUUGAGUAAUUGUACAUUUGCGACGUUUUUUGCCCUUUUUCAUCUACACAGUUUAGCAAUGGCCUCCAACGAACGAGAGGGCUAUUCAGACCGCGAGCUGGUGCUCAAAGGUCAUCAUCAUCGUCACCACCACUCGAUCUCCGAAACAGGCCGUCCUCAUAUCCCAAUGUGGGAUAGCGCCGACCCCGACAGAGCGCCUCCACCGUUGCCAUUGAAUCCAGGCUCUGGCAGUCCCAAAACAAGAGCAAAUGCUUCCGCGACUAUACAGGCUGCUGCUGCUGCACUUGUAGAGAAAAGCUAUGAUAACACUCCAAGUGCAUACACGGUCAAUCCAAUGCCGCUUAAGCCUUCUCCAGAAAAGUCUCUUAUCAAGGGCCAAUAUCACAAGCGCAUGCAGUCAUUCCAAAAUGCAACGACAAAUAGCCGAGAAUUUGCUUCUUACCUCGAAAGGAGAUCACCAGAGAAGGCGCAUCGUGCCAGUGUUUAUGAGCCGGAAAAUAGAACUCCAGAGAAGAAACAAACUCGAUCAAGCACUUCCACUCCAUCUGGGCGUGAAUCUCCAACUCAUCGACCGUCGAGCCGAUACUUGUCGAAGCCCAUUCUCGGAGAAAACACUCCCCCUUCUGCUACCAUGCUUGCGCUGCAAAAUAUGCAAGUGCCUAUCGACAUUGAUCUGCCGCAGUCGGCUCUCACCACCAGCGCAAAUACCCCUUCGAAGCAGCAGCCUCAGAGUAUUGAAGCUCUCUCUGCGCAAAUCAUCAGCUUGACUAGCAUUGCGACCUCUUUGCAGCAGGAAAUGGCCCAGUUAAGUCGCCGAAGCAAGGAUAAUGCUACCGACCUUGUCAGCCUGAAGGCCGCAACGAAUGCACGGGACGAGGAUAUUCGAAAGAGCCUGAAGGAGCUGGCCUCAAAUCUGUCCUCGAAAAUCUUUGAAGCGGAAAACAAUUCUCGGUCAUCCGUACAUCCUAAUACAAGCUCUUACAUGAUCGACAAUAGAGACUCGUCUCCAAGCUCGAGAAAGAGUUAUUCCCUACCGCGCAUGCCUAGUCCAAGUAGCUUUGCUGCGGCUAUGGAAAGGGAGCUGACAGGAUCACCAGCCAUUUCCACGGACGGAUCUGCAAGUAUCGCGCUCCUCGAAAAGGUUUUGAGAGAAAUGGCGACGAAAGAAGGGCAAGAACAACUCUUACAACUCGUCGAGGGCAUGAAGUCUAACUCAGGAGAUAAAAACACCGAUGGCCCAAUGCUCAAAAUGCUGGAAGAGAUCCUUAACGUGGUCAAGGAGAGCUCAAAUAGCCGCGCCCUUAUAAAGUCGAGAGCGCUGGGUGAUAACACUGGGAUUGACGCGUCAAUGGAAGGAUCGGAUCAGUUGGCGAAUGUGGCAGAUAGAGAUGGCUCGCCUAUGCCAUCCAACGCUAUAACGGAGGAUGUCCUUAGCAUCCUCAAGCGAGUGAAAGCCAGCGUAAGUGAAGGCGGAGGGAUAACAAACGAGGUCAAAGCACUUGUUCGCGAACUCCGUGGAGAGGUUUUAGGAAUGGGUAGGGAAAUCGCUCGAAAGCUCGAGGAAGCUGAAGCACGACGAGGUUCGGACGAAAAUAAACCUGUCCCUCCAAGCCAAGAAGAAAUUCAACAAAUCGUUGAGGGCGGACUACUUGAAUUACGACAGCAAAUGGAACGAUUGAUUCACGAAAGCCAGAGUCAAGCAGCGCCGCCCCCAGUGCGCUGCAAUCUGGACAGCGAAGAGAUCUAUUUGACAUUGCAGAAGGCUCUGGAAGAAAGUCCCCUGGCUAAUCAGCCCCCUCCGCAACCGGCAAAGCCUGGAAUUGAGAGGGAAGAAAUCCUUGAAGCCGUGCGAGAAGCAUGGGAAACUUACAAGCCGGAAAUUGAGCUUCAAAACUUUGGCCUUGAACGAGAAGAAAUUCUGGAGUGUUUGGCAGAAGGGCUGAAGGAAUAUCAACCGAAGAAGGAUGACUUCGAGCCAGGAGCAACCUACGAGCAAGUUGUUGACGCGAUCACUCAAGGACUACAAAGCUUCAAUCCCCCGCGUGUUGAACCAGACGUCUCCUCAAUUCGGGAUGAUCUCGUAAACGCAGUGCGCGAAUGCUUGGAGAGCUUUGAGUGGCCAAUUCCUCCAGCAGUUUUCGAAAGAGAAGCUCUGUCUCGUGAUGAUGUCUUGAGCGCUGUUAGGGAAGGAUUCGAAAACCACGAGCCAGCGCCUAAGGAGCCGGAAAUCAAAAGUGAAGAAGUUUUCGAGGCUGUUCGAGCUGGCUUUCAAGACGCCUCCAACUCUCUCAGCGACACCUUCGGCGGUCAAGUAAUGGAUCAUUUCCAUGAAGUUGUUGCUGAGAUCAAAGAUGAAUUCAAGGAAUACUCUUCUGCCAACGGCAGAGAUACGGAGCAGGUUCUUGAUGCCAUCAAGGGUGGCCUUGAAGUCUUGCGAGGAGAAGUCGAGUCUUACGUCGACCGGGCCGCCGACGUGACCGGCAAAGACGAGAUAAUCGACACCGUAAAAGAGGGGUUUAGGCUUCUACAGGCAGACAUUGAGAAAACGAUUUCGGAAUCUUCCCAGAACCGGCCUACCGACACCGUCGAACUCUUAGAUGCAAUGGAAAAGGAGUUCGAGCAUCUACGCCAGACACUGAGCAACCUCCUUAUUCGGAGCAAUAUCUCGAGUGAGAAGGACGAAAUUCUCGAUGCGAUCCGAGACAUCACAGAAAAUGACCAAUUCAAGAAAAACAAUUCUGAGGUGUCGGAUAUGAUCAAGGAGGAGUUUACGCAACUCCGCGAGACCUUGAGCAUGGCCAUUGUGAAGUCGAAUCCGACAACAGAGAAAGAUGAGAUUAUAUCGGCCUUCAAGGAAAGUUUCGAGAUACUUCUUGAUGAGUAUAAUCGCAAGAAAGAUAACGAGAGCGUGCUGUCAAACACCAGCGAACUUCUUGACGCGUUCCAUGAUGGUGUUGAUGUCCUACGGUCCGAUAUGGACAAGAUUUUAAACAAAGCUCCGGACACGAGUGUUAACGACGAACUGCUGAAUAUACUCAGAGAUGGGCUUGCUAGCGUCAAAACCGAGAUUGAGCGGCUUCGGGAUUUCCAAAAAGAGGCAGACGAGACGAACGUAGCCCGCGGUAAAGAAUUGAUGCUGGCAAGCGAGUCGUCUAUUGGCGCCGACAUCGAGAGCUUAAAGGUCCUAGUUACUCAGCUGCAAAUCAAGGUCGAGUCAAUUGAACCAGUACCCGAAAUUCCAGAGAUUGAUCCAAACAUCACAAAGAAGGAAGAUCUAGUGGAAAUGGUAGAUGCAAUCAAGGAAAUUCAAAGCUUGGUUUCUGAGCUGAGCUCUCGCGAGAACCCGUUGGAGGGGGCAGCAAUGAAAGAAGAUGUUGAAGCUGUUGGGUUGCUGGUUGACAGCAUAAAAGCGCGGCUCGAUGAGUUAUCAACUUCGACUAAUGCCAGUUUUGUCACUGCUGAGCGGGUUGAAGGGCUUGAAGUCUUGACAAAGGAAUUGAAGGACCUGAUAACUGGCUUUGUCGCUCAUGUGGAGACAGAAGGGCCGACGAAAAAUGAAGUUGCGAAUCUGGAGACGGUGCUCAAGGACGUGUGGGCAGCCGUUGAGGACCUUAAGGCUGCCGCAUCUAAGGACCUAGAGGAAGACCCAGAAAAAAUCGUCAAAGAAGACUUCCGGAAUGUGGAAACUUUAAUCUUCGAAAUCAAAUCCCAACUCGAUGAGUUUGUUCUCCCCGAUGUUCAGACGAUGCCAACCAAGGAUGACCUUGGCCUUCUCACAACCUUGGUUAAUGAGUUCAAGGAGAAAAUGGAGGUUGAGACCGAACUUACAGCACAAGCUUUCGAGGCUCGCAAAAUAGAACAUGGUGGCCUUGCGGAAAAGAUCGAAGAUGCCAAAGCUUUGAUAAGUGGACUUCGGGACGAAAUCAAGGAGAAGCUUUCAGAAAGUGAUGAAAGCCUCAAUGACCUUAAAACCAUGGUUUUGAGUUUCAAUGAUGCGGCAGAGAAUCUGGCAAAAGCGGAGACCAUUAAAGAGCUGUCUGAUCUUGUAAAUCGCGAAUUUGAGCGUUCUCAUGGUGAUCGCGAGGCUGCAAAGAUGGAGACAGAGGAAAAGCAUUCGGAGUUAUUGUCUAGGCAGGAAGAAGGUCGAGACGCUAUUCUGUCAGAUCUGGGAGCAAGAAUUGAUGAGAAAUUCAACGAGGUCAUUGCGAAGUACGAAGACGCUCAAAGUGCUCUGGAGUCUAAGUUUGUGGCCGUCGAAGAGAGAGAUGUGCAGUCUUUCGAGACCUUGACUAGCACCAGGAGCCUUGCAGAGGAUAUCAAGAUGGUUAUCGGCGGUAUGGGUGAUACACUCUCUGAAGCUUGCGACAGAAUGAGCGACGACGCAAAAACGUUCUUUGAACGGGUCGAUCAGUCGUUUCUGAAAGUUGAUGAGAUGCAUACCGAUGUCAAGAUGCAGCACGAGGAUCUGAAAGGCCAAUUCGAGAAGGCUGUCGCUGCGACAGACCGGCUAGAACGUCACCUCGCGGAUUCGCAUCCCGAAAUCCUCAACUCCGUUAAAGAUAUAUUAGCAAUAGUCGGUCAGCAUUAUGAACACUCGCGAAGGAUGACAGAAGAACUCAAGACCGAUCUAUCUGCGAUUCCACAGGCGAUCCCACCACUUUUCCAUCAGCUAGCGCUACCAGCUCCCGAGGAACCCAAGGAGGAACUGGAGAAGUACGAUGAUUCCAAAGUUCACGAGAAGCUCGACACUCUUCUUAGCAAGGAGCUACCAGAAUACGAGAAGUAUGACGAUUCACAGCUGCACGAGAAGCUAGACGCGCUGCUUCUUAAGGAGGUCCCUGAGCCGGAGAAGUAUGAUGAUUCCCAACUGCAAGAAAAGCUGGAUGCGCUGCUGCUUAAGGAGGUCCCUGAGCCGGAGAAGUAUGAUGAUUCCCAACUGCAAGAAAAGCUGGAUGCGCUGCUGCUUAAGGAAAUCCCAGUGCCGGAGAAGUAUGAUGACUCCCAGGUGCAGGAAAAGCUGGAUGCGCUGCUGCUUAAGGAAAUCCCAGUGCCGGAGAAGUAUGAUGACUCUCAAGUGCAGGAAAAGCUCGACACUCUCCUUCUCAAAGAGGCUCCAGAACCGGAGAAGUAUGACGAUUCUCAGGUAUUGGAAAAGUUGGAUGCUAUCCUUCUAAAAGAAGCUCCUGAGCCAGAAAAAUAUGACGAUUCUCAAGUACAUGAGAAGCUCGAUACCAUACUGAAAGAAACGAGCGCAACAACCGAAUCUAUGGCCCGGAUAGACAAACUUGAUGAGAUCCACGAACGACUCACAAGCAUGGCAAGGGAGGUUAGUGAAAUAAUGGCUACGCAGACCAAAAUUGUCACAGAGGAGCGUAGUAAUAAGGAGAAAGAGGCCAUGGAGACAGCCAUUGCUUUAGAGAAGAGGUUAGCGCAGAAGGAGAAAGUUGAGGCAGAAAUUGUUUCCCUAAACGAAGAAAAGCAAAGCCUCUUGGAAUCAGUUCGGUCACUGAAGGAGGAGAACGAUGAUCUUUCGAAGUAUCAGGUCAAAUUGGCCAAAGAAGUGGCAGGGUUGGAGACAGCAUUACGGAUCCGACGCGAAGAAGUACAACUCAUGGAGAGUCGUGCGCAAGAUCUUGAACGGCGGAUUGUAGAAGGGGUUCUGGAUCAUGCCCGCAGCCAACUUCUUGGUCGGCCCUCUUCCAUGGAUGGUACGAACUUGAAGCGUGUCCCAAGUUCUGCGAGUACAGCGACCCGGAAAAGCGUUGCCAGCAACGUCAAGGAUGGUGUUCUCAGUAGUGGGGUUAAUUUAGCCUUGAAGAGACGAAAGGCGAACGCAGCGUCUACGCUCUCCUCCAAUUCAGGUAACGGACGACGGAUCCUGAGCCUUAGCCAUGUCACAGGCAACCGUGGAACUAAGGACCGACAGUUGCUGCCUCAAUCCAAUAAUGGUGGGUUGGCUAAUUUGAAAAGAAGUCACUCAGUCAAGUCAACAUUUCCUUUUCGAAAGGCAUCGUGGGACACUCGAAGUUCGAUUGCCAACAAGGAAAACGAGGUAGUCAAGGAAGAGGAUGAGACUUCCGCUGGCGAUGUCAGCGACGCUGAAACGGAGCGUAGAACAAGUUAUGGCGACAGCCUCUCGUAUGUCGCCGGCAGUACCGUGUCUACGGACCGAAGGACAAGUUGCAGUUCAACCAACGCCUUGGUUUCCGCUGAACAUGGGACUUUGGUCGAAGGAAGCGUGGACAACGACAGCCAUACCGAAGAGGAAACCGUCGGCGGGGAGGAUGGUGAGGAGCGGAGCCCGAUUCCAUCUGAGUUUGGGGAUGAACACGAUAUAGAUGGGGGUACUGACUUGGAUAGGGGCGAUCUGGUGGUGUACAACCAACCCAGUGACAGUGGGAUUGGUGCUGAUAUGCCUUCGUCUGCGAGCGAGAAGGGAUUCAAUUUUGAACAGGAAUCGGUCCUAACAUAGUGCCGCGGUGCUCAAUGACAAGGUUGAUUUAUUUUGAUGAUUAUGACAGUGUUCUUUCGGUCACAAUGGCUUUUCCUUUGUUGAUUAUGUUUCGUUCUCUUGACAGCAGAUUUCCUUUUUGUUUGCCUUUUUGUUCAUGGGAUCAGACCAGCAGGCAUCAGCGGCGAUGUUUGAGCGAUCUGUUCAUGUGCAGCCGAGACCUGCAUUGGAUGAUACCAUAAAGUUGUAUUUCCUUAUGAUAGCUAUAUUGAUGAUAAGAAUGAGCAAAAUGCAUUUAUUUUCCACAGCCGUA